AUGUGGUCUCAGUUAUCGAGCCUUCUGUCGGCUUUCAGUCUUACUACUGCCUCUGCAGGCACCAUUGCAGACGACGGAGUGAGACAAGUUGCAGUCAUUGGUGCCGGGGCUGGUGGAUCUGCGACUGCAUAUUAUCUCCAGCAGUUUGCCGAGCAGGCGGGUCUGGCUGUCAACAUCAGUGUCUUUGAGAAGACUGGGCGUGUUGGUGGUCGAACCCUGACCGUCAAUGCGUACGAUGAGCCGCUGGAGGCCGUUGAGCUUGGCGCAUCCAUUUUCGUUGAAAUAAAUCAGAUUCUCUUCAAUGCGACCCAGGAAUUCAACCUUGCUCUGAGAGAGCCUGAUUCGGCCGCAGAAGAUCUCCUUGGCAUCUGGAAUGGCGACAACUUCGUCUUUACUCAGGAUUCCCAGUCCUCGGGCUGGUGGAAUCUCGCCAAGUUAUUCUGGCGAUAUGGAAUGGCCCCUUACAAAACCCAGAAACUCGUGCAGUCCACUCUGCAGACUUUCAUGAACCUCUACGAGGAGCCGUAUUUUCCUUUUGUGUCUUUAACCCAGACACUUGGAGAGCUGGACUUGUUGAAGAUCACUGGCGUCACUGGCGCACAGUUUCUCGCCGAGAAUGAGAUAUCGGAGGCCUUUGCGCGAGAUAUUAUUCAAGCGGCGACCCGUGUGAACUACGCCUCCAACUUGGCGUACAUUCACGGGCUUGAGACCAUGGUCUCCCUGGCUCCGGAGGGUGCCGUACAGGUUGUGGGAGGCAACUGGCAAAUCUUCGACAAGAUGCUGCAGCACAGUAAUGCUACGGUCCACCGAAACACGCAGGUCGGCUCGAUUGCCUUUAAAAACAACACCGGGCCGGGCGCAGAUGCCAAGUACGUUCUUUCGACCAGGCCCACCGGGUCCGAUGCCGAAACAGUCGAAGAGCACUAUCCCAUCGCCUUCGACAAGGUCGUCGUCGCCACACCGUGGCAAUUUGCCGAUAUUACUGCCAAGGGGGACGUCCUCCAGCAAGCCAUCGACGAAAUCCCCUACACAAAGCUGCACGUCACGCUUUUCUGCUCUCCCUUCCGACUGUCUCCCGGUUACUUCAACCUGCCCCCUGGAUCUAAGACUCCGGACUCCGUCCUCACCACGCUGGGACCUGAUGAGGUCCCCAAGGAAGGCGCUGCCGGAGGAGGCAAAGCUGGGUUCUACUCCAUUAGCACCCUCAGGGCCAUCACAAACCCGAAAACGCAGACGGAGGAGUACCUGUAUAAAGUCUUCUCGCCGGAGAAGCUUACCCCGGAGUUCCUGUCAGCCAUUCUCGGCGUCAAGGUUCCCGACACGUUCGUAUCCGAAGACGGAAGCGCGGCCGUCGAUGAAGAGGGUGCGGCCAUCAACCCGGUGUCCUGGUACUAUCCGCACGUCUUCCACUCGUAUCCCAUCCAGUAUCCUCGUGUUACAUUCCAAGACCUCGUUGUCGGCAGCGGGCUUUACUACACGUCGGGCAUGGAGAGCUUCAUCUCAACUAUGGAAACGAGUGCUUUGAUGGGAAGAAAUAUUGCUCGCUUAGUCACGGACGAAUUAGCGACUCUGCUGGACGGCGAGACGCAGCAAAGCGAACCCGAAGUGCAGGAGGACCUGGCUCCUGUUCAAGAUGGCCUUGGCCUGGGAAAUGACACUAUCCCUGACGAGCUCUGA